GCGAAUCCCGGCACGGGGGAGUUUGACGUGCCGCUCAAGGCGGACGCGCUCGCGAGGAUGAGCAAGAAGAUGGAGGGGGCCGAGGUGGACGAGCGCAUGCUCAACACGGUCUACGCGUGGAUCCGAAAGUCGGAUGAAGAUAAGCUCGACGGCAUGGUACACAUCUUGCAGCACCUGCUUCAGUGCUACGCCGCGCGGGAGUUGGACGCGGGGAAGACACCGCUCGAUAGCGUCAUCGCUGCGCCCGCCGCAGAGUGGCCAGAGAAGUUUGAGGAGAUCAUUGCCGGAGGUUUUGGCGAGGAGGCUUUCAACAAGGACCUUCAGCAGCGGAUGGAGAAGGUGGUACUCAACCUGCCAAACGGUUCUUACGCCCAGCGUGUUCAGGCGGAGUACCUCAAGGAGGUCGAGGACCGCGGUAAGGACAUCUACAAGGCCAAGGAGGCGGCCCCUUGAGUGACUACGACUACGCUAAAUUGCUGCU